GAUCAUCAAUCGAUAGCGUCAGUCACGUAGCUAUUAAAUAUGGAAAAUUCGUAUCCUUGGAUCCUAUUUGGUCGCGGUCUUGAACCGACGCGAAGUGACUUGUGCUCCGGAAUUCCUUCGUGACGUCAUGCCAGUCGUGACCUGUUGAAACAGUUUUUCAGUUCCGGUAGAUUCUUUCAAGGGAGAUCAUCAGGAGAUAACGGAAGAUGUUGUUGUUGCUACUGACUUUGCUGAUAAUCGUGAUAGUUCUGUAUGGGUACCAAAGCACGAGAAAGCCCAAAAACUUCCCUCCUGGCCCCCGUUGGUGGCCGUUUUUGGGCAGCGCACCACAGGUCCAAUUCUUACGCAAGAAAACCGGUCAUCUGCUCUUGGCGACUUCAGAGCUAGCUCGCAAGUAUGGACCUAUCAUCGGCCUGAAAGUUGGUGGGGAGCAAAUAAUUAUCGUCCACGGAGCCAAGGCCUUGAGAGAAUUUCUUGGAAACGAAGACUUAAUCGGAAGACCUAACCGCAAGCCCGACACAUAUCGAUCAUGGGGAAAAAGAUUAGGAAUCGUAAUGACAGAUGGAGACUUCUGGUCCGAACAGCGUCGCUUCCUAGUGCGCCACCUCCGAGAGUUCGGCUUCGGCACCAACAAUAUGUCCACGUUGCUGGAAGAAGAAUCCCAGGAGCUGGUCAAAUACCUUCUGAAUGAGACCAAUGGCGGAGAAGGUGUUGUCAGCGUACCCUCGUUGUUCAGCACGCCGAUAUUAAACACCCUGUGGAGAAUGCUUGUGGGUGUAAGAUAUGAUUCUGGUGAUCCACAACUGGCGAAGUUACAUGGCAUUCUGGCGGAUAUGUUCAAACACAUGUCGAUGGUCGGAAAGCUGUUUGUAUCUUUUCCGAUUUUGCGGUACUUGGCACCAGAAGCAUCAGGAUACAAUUUCUACAUGGACGUCCACAGACGCCUCAUCGACUUCCUCUAUGAAGCGAUAGAUGACCACAAGCAAAUGUAUGACCCCGAAUGCCCCCGUGACGUUAUGGAUCUUUACUUAAGCAUGAUCAACUUUAACUGCAAGCUGCAGAAUUCCACCUUUUCUGAGCAACAGCUGGUCAUUACUUGCAUGGAUAUGUUCAUCGCAGGUUCGGAGACCACGAGUAACACUUUGGGCUUCUGUUUCCUGUAUUUGGUGUUGUAUCCGGAGGUUCAGAGGAAGGCCCAAGAGGAGAUCGAUAGUGUCUUGGGAAGAGAACGGGCACCUACGCUCAGCGACAGACAACAGCUUCCAUACAUUGAGUGCAUCGUAUGGGAAUCAAUGAGGAUGUUUGUUGGCCGAGGGUUUACACUUCCACAUAGAGCAAUCAGAGCCACAAAAUUGUGCGGAUAUUCUCUACCAAAGGAUGUCAAAGUAGUCGGCAACUUCUACGACAGCUCUCUGGGCGAAGAAUGUGGCCUGGAAGACCCAUCGGCCUUCAAACCAGAACGCUACCUUAAGAACGGACAGGUCGUGAUUCCGGACAAUAUCAUACCGUUUGGAUUGGGUAAACGUAGGUGUAUAGGGGAAGCACUGGCAAGAGGCAACCUUUUCCUCUUCAUCACGGCUCUUCUGCAGAGGUUCAAUUUCAGCCAAAUGCCGAACGAAAGUCCUCCGUCCACGGACUGGGAGGACGGGUUCACGCCUAGACCGAAGAAUUUCCAAGUUGUUGUGAGCGAAAGAUGACUCCGGUUGAUCUCUGAAGAUUGAAGUACGUCGCAACAUUGUUCCUUCGGACUUUUAUUGUCUAUAAAAUUUGGGUUUCGGCGCUUCGAUUCAAUUUCGCUGGAUAUGAAGAGUGACAAAAUCCACGUGCUUGAUUUUCCAAGUGGUUUUGAUUCCAAACUAGGAAAAGAUGCAUAAUUCUAUUAGCGCUUAUAGUCUGGAUUCCAUAGUUAUACCAUUUUAAAAUAAAAUGUAUAAAAACCUUCUAGGAACUUAUACAGGGUGUAAACGUUAUGAUAGUCAUUAUUUAAAUGGGUGAUAAAGGGGGUUAAAAAAAGUAAAAAGUUUCAUAUAACAUGGGGGUCAAAACGGCAUUUUUUAGAGAAAAGCGACUUUAAAGUAAAAUUUUUGGCUCUUGCUGAUGAGUGCCCAAACAGCACAAAAUACCUAUAAAUGAUUAGUCAUAAUGACAUGGUAAGGCCUAAGGUUAAGGUGAUAUUCAAAGGCGUUACCAGAGGAUAUUUCGUGAAGUUCAUAACCUUUAUUGAUGCCCAUCCUACGUCAAAAUCUACUACCUACUCUUUUUGUCCAAUUUUUUGUUCGUGUUCUAAGCCAGGAAACCUCAUCUGCAUUUCUGAUAGUAACCUUGACCUUGAUUAAAAAAUACGUAAUCGAAACACUAAAGAUGCAAAUUGUCAAACAGUGGAAGACUGAAGUGGUACUUGUGAAUCUGGUUGUACAGAUUUGUACAAAAAUGUAAAUAGUUAGAAUAAAAAAGGUGCGGACGUGUUGUAAAUUUACCUGCCGGAAAUGGAAAUUUCAGGAAUCUGCAGUGAGCAAGGUCUAUCCGUCUAGAUCUAGAAACACCUCAAUUGAUGACUGUGGUAACAUACAAUCACUAGCCACGAUUGAAUUCGUUUUAUCUACUCCAAAGAAAAGACCUAGAGGACCAGCAGACUUGCACUACAGCUUCCCUAAAAUAUCCAUCCUUGCUGUGAUUAUAGAAAAAUUCUAGGAAUUUUAAGUUUGAACGUAUGCAAAUUGUGUUAUUUUUUAUAUAUAAAUUAAAAUUCUGGUUCUAAAUGUA